GCAGCCUUUGCCGCCGCAGGCCUGGCAGGGACUUCCGCUGGGGCUGCUCCUGAUCUAGCUGAGCUCCGGGCUGGGGGUCUUCUUUUUGAAGGCCAGGAGGGCUGCCCACUCUCCCCUAAACCACCCUCAGUCUUUCUCUUUUGUCUCAGCUUCAUCUGGAGCCUGGGCUUCCAGAAAGGGGACGCAAGAAGACAAUGGAGUCAGAAUGUGUCUACAACCUUCUGCAGCUCCCUGCCAACGUGGAGCCCCCGACUAUGGAGGAAUUGGCCCAAGGAGAAAAGAAGAAGUAUUUACAGCCAGAUUCUCGAAAGAACCCGAAAUUUGAAGAGCUACAAAAGGUCUUGAUGGAAUGGGUCAAUAGCACCCUUUUCCGGGAACAUAUCGUGGUCCAAAACCUGGAGGAAGACCUGUUCGAUGGACUUGUUCUGCAUCAUCUCCUGCAGAGGCUUGCAUCUGUCACAUUGGAGGUUGAAGAGAUCGCCUUGACCGCCAACAACCAGAAGCGGAAGCUUGCUGUUGUGUUGGAGGCUCUGCACCAGAGUUUGCAACUAGAUGCGAGCUCAGCCAAAUGGAAUGUGGAGAGCAUCUUCAAUAAGGACUUGUUGGCUACUCUCCAUCUUCUGGUGGCCAUGGCCAAGCACUUUCAACCUGAUCUGUCCCUCCCUGCAAAUGUCCAAGUGGAAGUAUUAACAGUUGAGCGCACUAAGACUGGCCUAAAGUCUGGGAAGUUUGUGGAACAGGUCACCAACUGCAACACGGAUUCGGAUCAGCUUUCAAAAGUCGACAUCUUUGAUGAAUUAUUUAAACUUGCCCCAGAGAAAGUGAAUGCUGUCAAAGAGGUGAUCAUGAAGUUUGUCAACAAGAAGAUGGAACGCUUGGGAUUGUCUGUGAAAAAUAUUGAUACCCAGUUUGCAGAUGGAGUUAUCCUAAUUUUGUUGAUUGGACAGCUUGAAGGCUUUUUCCUGAACUUGAAAGAUUUUUACCUGACCCCCAGUUCUCCUGCUGAAAUGCUGCAUAAUGUUAACCUGGCCAUGGACUUGCUGAAGGAAGGAGACCUGCUCAAUUACCCGGUCAGCCCCGAAGACAUCACCAAUGGAGACACCAAAGCUACUCUGAGGGUGCUUUACAGUUUGUUUUCCAAACACAAGAUGAAUGAGAUCCCCGAGGAGACAAAGACUGAAACUGGGAGUUAGGAGUCUUGAAGGAGGUGGUGCUCCCCUGAAGUGGUUUGUGUUUCAGCCAUUGUGAUCUUUGAAUGUGUGUUUAAUCCUCAAAGUAACUGGGAUCCAUGGAAGUUCAUUGAGUGAGGAGUAGUGACAUGGUCUGGGAUCUGGAAAUCUGUUUAUGUUUCAGCUGAGGCUUUACAUCCCCAAUAAAUAUGAG